AUGGAGGAGGUUGAAGAAGCUAAUAGAGCAGCUGUUGAGAGUUGUCAUAGAGUUCUGAAUGUGUUGUCUCGGCAAGGGGAUGAAGUUCAGUAUAGGAAUUUAGUUGUGGAAACUGGAGAAGCUGUAGUGAGGUUCAAGAAUGUUGUUUCCAAGCUAAGUAGUGGUUUGGGUCAUGCAAGAGUUAGGAAGAGCAAAAAACUUAACAUCCCUUUUUCUCCAAGUAUCCUCUUGGACAACCUCACCUGCAAAACCGAUCACCAUUCAAAAAAUCUGCAGUUUCCUCACAAUUCAGUUCAGGAAUUGGGUCCAACCGUUAGAAGUUCACUCUACGCGGGGAACCCUUCUUUGGAGCUGAGCUCCAAUGAGAUAAGUCCUCUUCACCUAAGCCAACAAACUUCAUCCACUCACUACCACAUUCUGCAGCAGCAACAACAAAGGUUAUUGUUGCAGCAGCAGCAGCAACAAAUGAAACAUCAAGCGGAAAUGAUGUUUCGAAGGAACAGCAGUGUCAUAAACUUGAAUUUUGAUAGCUCUAGCUGCACGCCAUCAAUGUCUUCUACUAGGUCUUUCAUUUCUUCCUUGAGCAUAGAUGGGAGUGUGGCUAACAUGGAUGGAAGUGCCUUCCAUUUACUAGGAGCUGCAAACUCUGAUCAGAAUUCACAACAACACAAGAGAAAGUGUUCUGCCAGAGGUGAUGAGGGUAGUGUGAAGUGUGGGAGCAGUACAAGAUGCCAUUGCUCAAAGAAGAGGAAACAUAGAGUGAAAAGAUCAAUUAAGGUGCCUGCUACCAGCAACAAACUUGCAGAUAUCCCUCCGGAUGAUUAUUCAUGGAGGAAGUAUGGGCAGAAACCAAUCAAGGGAUCACCUCACCCUAGGGGAUACUAUAAGUGCAGCAGCAUGAGAGGGUGCCCUGCUAGGAAACAUGUUGAGAGGUGCUUGGAAGAGCCUUCCAUGCUAAUUGUUACCUAUGAAGGUGACCACAACCACCCCAAGUUACCAACACAAUCUGCAAAUGCUUGAAUUAAAUGAAGAGAUUAACCAAAGAUCAAGCCCCAUCGUACAAUUUGUGGUUGGCUUGACAUGAUGCUGUAUAUAUCUCAAGUGGUGCAAAUGGGGAUUUUCUUGGGGCAGGUUUUUGGCAUUUGGUUAGUUUGGUAAUGAGCUGUUUAGUUAGAGAGCGGGGGAUGAGGAUCAGUGAUAAAAUGAACUAGUUUGUAAAAUUGGUAGUUUCCAUUUGUAUGAACUCAUUAGUCUUUCUUAAAUGCCUUUGAAGACGACUUUUUGAAAGAACUUAUGAAAGUAGAUUAUGAUA